CCAUAACUACAUCCGGGUCUCUAGGUGGAAGGAACAGAGAGAAGUCAUCAGGGUUACACAGUAGUGAAGAAGACAUCUAAUGAGUGUGAGACACCCAGCAUACAUCUCCAUGUGUCAGGAGGACUGAGCAGGACCCAGAGCCCCAUCACGGUGCCUCUACGUCACUCACUGAUACAUGAGAGACACAAUGACCAAAAGAUCCUGGAACUCGGCAACAAGAUCAUUCAGCUGCUGACUGGAGAGGAGGAGGAGUAUAUAGAGGAACACAGGGGUCUGUACAAGGACGUGAUGAUGGAGAAUCACCGACCCCUCACAUCACUCGAUGGGCCCAGUAACAGAGAUACCCCAGAGAGAUGUCCCCGUCCUCUGUAUUCCCAGGAUUGUACAGAGGAGAAUCACAGGACCCCACAGGAGGAUCAGGUUGAACGUCUGUCUGAUAUUAAAACAGAAGAUACAGAGGGAGAAGAAGAGACGGAUGUGACUGAUAUAAAGGCAGAAGAUCUAGAGAGAGAAGAAGAGACGUAUGUGACUGAUAUAAAGGCAGAAGAUAUAGAGGGAGAAGAAAAGACGUAUGUGACUGAUAUGAAGGCAGAAGAUAUAGAGGGAGAAGAAGAGACGUAUGUGACUGAUAUAAAGGCAGAAGAUAUAGAGGGAGAAGAAGAGACGUAUGUGACUGAUAUGAAGGCAGAAGAUAUAGAGGGAGAAGAAGAGACAUAUGUGACUGAUAUAAAGGCAGAAGAUACAGAGGGAGAAGAAGAGACGUAUGUGACUGAUAUAAAGGCAGAAGAUAUAGAGGGAGAAGAAGAGACGUAUGUGACUGAUAUAAAGACAGAAGAUAUAGAGGGAGAAGAAGAGACGUAUGUGACUGAUAUAAAGGCAGAAGAUAUAGAGGGAGAAGAAGAGACGUAUGUGACUGAUAUGAAGGCAGAAGAUACAGAGGCAGAAGACGAGAUGUAUGUGACUGAUAUAAAGGCAGAAGAUAUAGAGGGAGAAGAAGAGACGUAUGUGACUGAUAUGAAGGCAGAAGAUAUAGAGGGAGAAGAAGAGACGUAUGUGACUGAUAUAAAGGCAGAAGAUAUAGAGGGAGAAGAAGAGACGUAUGUGACUGAUAUGAAGGCAGAAGAUAUAGAGGGAGAAGAAGAGACGUAUGUGACUGAUAUAAAGGCAGAAGAUACAGAGGGAGAAGAAGAGACGUAUGUGACUGAUAUAAAGGCAGAAGAUAUAGAGGGAGAAGAAGAGACGUAUGUGACUGAUAUAAAGGCAGAAGAUAUAGAGGGAGAAGAAGAGACGUAUGUGACUGAUAUAAAGGCAGAAGAUAUAGAGGGAGAAGAAGAGACAUAUGUGACUGAUAUAAAGGCAGAAGAUAUAGAGGGAGAAGAAGAGGCAUAUGUGACUGAUAUGAAGGCAGAAGAUACAGAGGCAGAAGACGAGAUGUAUGUGACUGAUAUAAAGGCAGAAGAUAUAGAGGGAGAAGAAGAGACGUAUGUGACUGAUAUGAAGGCAGAAGAUAUAGAGGGAGAAGAAGAGACGUAUGUGACUGAUAUAAAGGCAGAAGAUAUAGAGGGAGAAGAAGAGAUGUAUGUGACUGAUAUGAAGUCAGAAGAUAUAGAGGGAGAAGAAGAGACGUAUGUGACUGAUAUAAAGGCAGAAGAUAUAGAGGGAGAAGAAGAGAUGUAUGUGACUGAUAUAAAGGCAGAAGAUAUAGAGGGAGAAGAAGAGACGUAUGUGACUGAUAUAAAAGCAGAAGAUAUAGAGGGAGAAGAAGAGACGUAUGUGACUGAUAUAAAGGCAGAAGAUAUAAAGGGAGAAGAAGAGACGUAUGUGACUGAUAUAAAGGCAGAAGAUAUAGAGGGAGAAGAAGAGACGUAUGUGACUGAUAUGAAGGCAGAAGAUACAGAGGGAGAAGAAGAGACGUAUGUGACUGAUAUAAAGACAGAAGAUAUAGAGGGAGAAGAAGAGACGUAUGUGACUGAUAUAAAGGCAGAAGAUAUAGAGGGAGAAGAAGAGACGUAUGUGACUGAUAUAAAGGCAGAAGAUAUAGAGGGAGAAGAGGAGACGUAUGUGACUGAUAUAAAGGCAGAAGAUAUAGAGGGAGAAGAAGAGACGUAUGUGAGGGGCGAUCAGCAAUGUAAAAAGGAGGAAAUCCCUACAGAUAUUGGCACAGCAGAUGGACACACAAGCAGGAACAUCUCAGAAGGACAUCUAAUGUUAUCCCCGAAUUGUGACAUAAAAGAUAAUGACAGUAGACAGGAUUCUCCAGGAGAUAACCCCAUAACCCCAAUUAUACAUCCACCUCUAUCAGCUGGUCCAUCUGAUCCUGGGAAAUGUUCUCCUGAUCAUAUUGGUGCAUCUGUUACAGCUCUGAGAGUAGAUACAGAGUUUACCUGUUCUAUAGAUGCCAAAUGUUUUACACAGAACACAAAGCCACAGACAGGUAUGGCAGGUGAAAGGCCAUUUCCGUGCUCUGAGUGCGGGAAAUGUUUUACCCAGAAAUCACAUCUUGUUACACAUCAGCGAAGUCACACAGGUGAGAAGCCAUUUUUUGGCUCUGAGUGUGGGAAAUGUUUUACACAGGUAUCAACACUUGUUACACAUCACAGACGUCACACAGGUGAGAAGCCAUUUCCUUGCUCUGAGUGUGGGAAAUGUUUUACAGAGAAAUCACAAUUUGUUAAACAUCAGAGAAGUCACACAGGUGAGAAGUCAUUUCCAUGUUCUGAGUGUGGGAAAUGUUUUACACAAAAAUCAAAUCUUGUUCUACAUCGGAGAAGUCACACAGGUGAGAAGCCAUUUUCUUGUUCUGAGUGUGGGAAAUGUUUUGCCCGGAAAUCACAUCUUGUUACACAUCAGCGAAGUCACACAGGUGAGAAGUCAUUUUCUUGCUCUGAAUGUGGGAAAUGUUUUACACAAGAAUCACAACUUGUUACACAUCAAAGAAGUCACACAGGUAAGAAGCCAUUUUCUUGCUCUGAGUGUGGGAAAUGUUUUACCGAUAAAUCACAAUUUGUUAAACAUCAGAGAAGUCACACAGGUGAGAGGCCAUUUCCAUGUUCUGAGUGUGGGAAAUGUUUUACCCGGAAAUCACAUCUUGUUACACAUCAGCGAAGUCACACAGGUGAGAAGCCAUUUUCUUGCUCUGAGUGUGGGAAAUGUUUUACACAAAAAUCAAAUCUUUUUCUACAUCUGAGAAGUCACACAGGGGAGAAGCCAUUUUCUUGCUCUGAGUGUGGGAAAUGUUUUGCCCGGAAAUCACAUCUUGUUACACAUCAGAGAAGUCACACAGGUGAGAAGCCAUUUUCUUGCUCUGAGUGUGAGAAAUGUUUUACACAGGAAUCACAACUUGUUACACAUCACAGAAGUCACACACAUGAGAAGCCAUUUUCUUGCUCUGAUUGUGGGAAAUGUUUUACCGAUAAAUCACAAUUUGUUAUACAUCAGAGAAGUCACACAGGGGAGAGGCCAUUUCCAUGUUCUGAGUGCGGGAAAUGUUUUACCCGGAAAUUACAUCUUGUUACACAUCAGCGAAGUCACACAGGUGAGAAGCCAUUUUUUUGCUCUGAGUGUGGGAAAUGUUUUACACAGAAAUCAAAUCUCGUUACACAUCAAAGAAGUCACACAGGUGAAAGGCCAUUUCCGUGUUCUGAGUGCGGGAAAUGUUUUACCCAGAAAUCAAAUCUUGUUCAACAUCAGAGAAGUCACACAGGUGAGAAACCAUUUUCUUGCUCUGAGUGUGGGAAAUGUUUUACCAAGAAAUCAGAAUUUGUUAGACAUCACAGAAGUCACACAAGUGAGAAGCCGUUUCCAUGUUCUGUGUGCGGGAAAUGUUUUGCACGGAAAUCAAAACUUGUUAUACAUCAGCGAAGUCACACAGGUGAGAAGCCAUUUCCAUGUUCUGUGUGUGGGAAAUGUUUUGCACAGAAAGCAAAUCUUGUUCAACAUCAGCGAAGUCACACAGGUGAGAAGCCAUUUCCAUGUUCUGAGUGCGGGAAAUGUUUUACAUGCAAAUCACCUCUUGUUACACAUCAGCGAAGUCACACAGGUGAGAAGCCAUUUUCUUGCUCUGAGUGUGGGAAAUGUUUUACCCAGAAAUCAACACUUGUUAUACAUCAGAGAAUUCACACAGGUGAGAAGCCAUUUUCUUGCUCUGAGUGUGGGAAAUUUUUUACUGAGAAAUCAGAAUUUGUUAAACAUCAGAGAAGUCACACAGGUGAGAAGCCAUUUUCUUGCUCUGAGUGUGGGAAAUGUUUUACCCAGAAAUCAACACUUGUUAUACAUCAGAGAAUUCACACAGAUGAGAAGCCAUUUCCAUGUUCUGAGUGUGGGAAAUGUUUUGCAGACAAAUCAGACCUUGUUAGACAUCUGCGAAGUCACACAGGUGAGAAGCCAUUUUCUUGCUCUGAGUGUGGGAAAUGUUUUACCCAGAAAUCAACACUUGUUAUACAUCAGAGAAUUCACACAGAUGAGAAGCCAUUUCCAUGUUCUGAGUGUGGGAAAUGUUUUGCAGACAAAUCAGACCUUGUUAAACAUCAGCGAAGUCACACAAGUGAGAAGCCAUUUUCUUGCUCUGAGUGUGGGAAAUGUUUUACCUGGAAAUCACAUCUUGUUAUACAUCAGAGAAGUCACACAGGUGAGAAGCCAUUUCCAUGUUCUGAGUGUGGGAAAUGUUUUAUCCAGAAAUCACACCUUGUUAAACAUCAGCUAAGUCACACAGGUGAGAGGCCAUUUCCAUACUCUGAGAAAUAAAUCCGCUCUUGUUACACACAAUGGACAUCACUCAGGUGAGGAACCAUUUUAUUCUGGAGUAAAGGGAACUGUUGCACUGGAAUAGUGUCUAUCUUGUAUAAAUAUCUGGAUCAAUAUUGAUCGGAAACCACAAAUCUUGAUACUGUCAAAUAAUCGUACAGUUUGUGGGGGUGCUACCACAGAUCCUGUAAGAGUACAUUUAGGAUAUAAGAGGAAAAAAAGGAAAAAGAUCUGUUUCUGGUGCACUAAGUAGUAUAUUAGGAUAAAAAUUCACUUUUAAUUCAUUUCUUAAAAAUGUGUUGACAUGUUCUAUUUCAUGUCCUCUGAGAUAACUUCUGCGAAAUAUUCUAAAAACAUGUACAUUUAAUGUGACAUAACAAGACUGUGAAUUGCACAAAACAAUAAAAAAUAUAAAAAACUGA